AUGAGCAGCACGAAGCGCCCAGCCGCGGCGCCGACGACGAUCGCGACCUUGGACGGCGCGCUCGUGGCCAUCACGACAUGCUUGCAGACGCCGGAAGAGGUCGUCGUCUUCCUCGACGCCGUCAACUCGCCCGCGCUCUGCAAGCCGCUGGCGUCGCUUCUUCAGCUCCUCCGCGAUCCGGACCGCGCGUUCACAGGCUCCAUGUUCGACAUUGUUGACGACGUACCAUUGCUCUCGUAUGCGUGGCCGUGUGCAAGCCUCGACUGCGUUCGUCCCGAAGCCGCCGGACUCGUCGUCGAUGCCAUGUCGGCCUUCCCGGCCAUGCAGGUCCGUCAAGACGUGUACAAGUUGCAGUACUUGCCGCCGAACCAGCCUUCGUCGGAGCGCGACCUGGGCCCGUUCAUGUGGCUCGCUGCGACAUGGGGGCACAAGCUCCAGGCCAUCAAGGUCUCGACCGUCCGCAACGCCAAGCACAUGGAGCCGCUGUGCGACGCGCUUCGGCGGUGCACGAGUCUCAAUGCGUUCAGCGUGGCCGUGGACUCUAUCUCGCCCAAGAUGCUCUAUCAACUCGGCUCGCACCGAAACGAAUCCGACACCGACUCGGAGCUCAUUGCCACAGAGCUCAUUGCCGCCGUCACGACGCCAAACCACCGCGUCCGUCGCUUGACGAUCGCGUCCAAUCUCGUCGAGUGCGACUGGGUCAAAGUCCUUGGUCCUUGGCUUGCGUCGCCACACACUCAACACCACGGGUUCCAGCACAACAGCUCUCGCACCGACGACGGCCUCCGUCGCCUUGUCGUUGCCGCCCGCUCCCUCUCGAGUCUCGACCUCGACAUGGCGCAAGCCGGUCGCCUUCCGCCCAUCGACGGCGAUGGCCAAACACGGUUUGAGAACCUCUCGGCCCUGCGCGUCCAAGUGCGCGAAAGGGACGCUCCCUUUGUCCAGGAACUCUUCCAGCGCCUUGAGCCCCGCCGUCUGACGAGCCUCUACAUCUCUUGCAAGAGCGACCUCAGCUACGUGCUGGACGCGCUCCCUCGCUUCACUGCGCUGCAAGAGCUCCACGCGGAUUUCCAUCACGUUGAUGCGCUGCCGGUCUCGGGCAUGCCCGCCUUGCGAUCGGCCACGUUGAUCCAAGUGAUCCUCUCCGACCAAGCCGUCGACAGCCUCAUGCACCUCUUGGCGCACGCCCCGGCGCUCGAGAAGCUCGCUUGGUCCUUCUACAGGGAAUAUACGUACCUCCGCGCCGCCGUAGUACGCUCGCUUCACAACUGGAUCAACAGCGGCGUGCGCGCCAUCGCGCUCGACGUAAGCGCCUUGACUGCCAAAGAGCUUGGGAAUGGCCUCUUCCACGCGGCGAGUCCGCUCAGCGCCUGUGUCACCGUGCACAACGACUUGCGCAAAGCGUUCGACAUGCGUUCCUGCUUGAAGCGCUGGCGACAGGCGCUCGAAGCCCUCCUCGCCGUGAGCUACGCGGCGAGCUUGCCCGUCGUGCGCAGCUUGCGGUGGAAUGGCGACACCGGUUCGAGGGUCGAUGCGGCUGCCGCUCGCGACCUCGCCGUCCAAGUGCAUCGUGACGCUUGGUGGGUCCGUAUCCAGAGCCCACCGGCCUGUGCGUAG